AUGCCGACCGUCCGCGUGCCAUUGGAUGGAGAAGUUGGAGCUAGCUGGUUCUUGGGUCCGACGGGCCAAUCAGCGCGAGGCACAUCUCAGCGCGUUAUCAAAAACGGGCUUGUCUGGGGGAGCAACCCCAGUUUUCUCCAGUUCCCCGACUCCAACAUGGCACUGUCCUCGGGGGUCCCGACCGUCUAUCGCGCAUGGAGAUGCUGUCUAGUUAAGUUUAUCAGGAACUCGCCCCCGGUCCCCAGUGCCGGUAGUCUGACGCCUUUAAGCAUUUGGCUCCCGGUCCCGGUUCCGGUCCUCUAA